CCCAUUUAUUACAUUUUUUUCAUGCACUGUCAAGUUCAUCCUCCAUCCCCUAACUUCUCUGCAGGGUACCCCUUUCUGGUUUGGUUCAUAACAAUCUGCAGGGAAAGAGCUGCCUUCAAACUCCUUUGCUCAUCUCUUCUAACACCAUGGACUCUUGACCAAUUUUACCAUCUCAGGUGUCAGAGCCAGGAGAGAGCCCUGCCUCACCCUGCCUGAGCUGUUCACCCUCAUGGGCAUUUUCUGCCUUUUUAUUCCCUCUUCUGUGAUUUUCUGGGUUUCUCAGGGCUGUGACAGGGCAUUGGCCUGGGUCCAACCAAGCCUUAUGAGGAAACAAUAUAGGGACCCCCACUCGUCCUAAGAGGGUGAGAGAACAGGGUGAACAUAUAAGGUUGACAGAAGCUGUCACAGAUAACGCUCUGGUUUAAAAAUAUUCGAGUGUGAGUAAACAGGAGAUGAGUGGGCAAGGGCUUUGGAAGGACAAGCAGGACCAGCAGAACAUUCCAGAUUGGGUGGGUGGAAAACUGGCAAAGAGACCUGAGCCAGAAGAAGAGGCCUUUGUCUCACAGACAAACCACAAAGCCAGGCAUCGGAGCCAGAGAGGCAGCAGAUGCCAGGCCUGCACCCAUCCUUGCGACUGGUCCCCUGGGUGAUCUGUCUUCUUCUCUGUCCCUAUGCGCCUGGAGAAGGACAGGUUCUCUGUCAACCUGGAUGUGAAGCACUUCUCCCCAGAGGAACUCAAAGUUAAGGUGUUGGGAGAUGUGAUUGAGGUGCAUGGCAAACAUGAAGAGCGCCAGGAUGAACAUGGUUUCAUCUCCAGGGAGUUCCACAGGAAAUACCGGGUCCCAGCUGAUGUGGACCCUCUCACCAUUACUUCAUCCCUGUCAUCUGAUGGGGUCCUCACUGUGAAUGGACCAAGGAAACAGGUCUCUGGCCCUGAGCGCACCAUUCCCAUCACCCGUGAAGAGAAGCCUGCUGUCACCGCAGCCCCCAAGAAAUAGAUGCCCUUUCUUGAAUUGCAUUUUUUAAAACAAGAAAGUUUCCCCGCCAGUGAAUGAAAGUCUUGUGACUAGUGCUGAAGCUUAUUAAUGCUAAGGGCAGGCCCAAAUUAUCAAGCUAAUAAAAUAUCAUUCAGCAACAGA